AUGGAUCCCGACAAGUACUUUGCUAUCUUGGCCCCUUGCGAAUUCAAAUGUCUUACGCGGUCCACCUGGGAUCUUAGCGAUUGGAUGUUCUCCGGUAAGGCCAGCCUGCUUGUUGGUCUCCUCGCCGUACCUGUCCUGUCACACCAACGUCAACGUAAUUUCACUUCCAAGCUAAAAAACGAAUUACCCCGAGUCGCUACAGCGCAUGGUACUUCUCGAAUAACAAUAUGGAGUCUGCCUACUGAGAUCCAUUUGAUGAUUCUAGACCAGGUUGACGAAUAUGAUUGCGCCUGCUUCGGGCUCACUCAUAUCUACUUCUGGCAACUAGCACUUCCCGUCCUGCACGACAAGUGGGCAUCAAGCAUGGCACCAUGGGCAGGCAAGAAAAUCGUUGCUAGUGGAAUUGAAUUAGAGCCAGGUGAUUUCCCCAACGCCCUGUUUUCUAUAGACGAGGCUGUUACAUUAGUUCUCUCCAAGUUCCAUUCCAACUUAGACAGGAUUCAAACAAUGUACGUCGAUCCAAUAGGACAAUUAUCUCUGCGUGAGCUCCUAACGUUAUUCGAUUUCUUCAACUUGAGUGACGAACAGCCGAUUAUUACCUGCGAAUCAAAGCUAGAGUCAUUGAAAUCCGUAGUCCGAAAACGUGGCCACACGGUUCCCCAUGAGGGGCUAUCGACCUGUUUUCAGGCAAACGAGUUGACAGAAUUCACAGAAGAGGAUUUCUAUCCUCGAAAUGAACCGUGGAUUCUAAGGAAUCUCACAAAGAGGGAAUUUGUUCGCUCAGAAGCAAUUGCCUUGAAACCGGAGUACGUACGGGGCCCAGUUAUCGAGCUCGUUGGCUUUGGCGAGGCUCUCUUGUCUCGAAUAUGUUGGUCGUCCAAUCCCGAUGUUGCAAUCGACAGAGGUCCUUGGGCAGGACAUCGAUUUGAUAUCAUAACCCUCUCCAGACACGCGGCAACAACCCGUAAAGAGGAUUGGAUCGAUGUCUCAGAAGAAGUUUCCGAUAGCCUCCAUACAAUAUGGAAUGCCAACUGCACUCCAGAAUGGCAAGAUUUUGUGACGGAUCGCAGCAUUGAAAUCCAGGAAGGGGCCGUAUACAAUUCUAGCAAGGUCCUGCCUCUUCAAGCAACUGCUGUACGUUUUUAG